AACUUUCUAAUGCUGAAAAUAAAAUCAGAAGCCUCAAAAUGAAGUUGCACCAGACAAAAGAUGCUCUAAGGGAAAAGACAUUGGUUUUAGAAGAUGUCCAAAGAGAACUAACCCAAUCACAACGUCAGAGGAAAGAAAUUGAACAAAUGUUUCAGAAUGAAGAAGGCAAAGUGAGUAAAUACAUUCAAAAGCAAGAAUCUCUAGAGGAGAGAUUAUCUCAAAUACAAAACGAAAAUCUGUUACUUCGACAGGAACUGGAUGAGGCUCACAAGAAAGCUGACAAUAAAGAAGAGACAAUAAUUAAUAUCCAAGAGCAAUUUAAUGCUAUUUUGAAAGAUCAAGCUCAAGAGCAAAGUCUUCUACUAGAGCAGAAAAACAACUUAAUCAAUAAAUGCAAUUUCAUAGAAAAAAGAUUGUACAAAUAUGAAAAAGAGAAAGCAGAAAGAAAUGAAAUUGUGAGACAGAUUCAAGAACUGGCUGAUACUGUAAAAAAACAACCUAUAUCAGAGCCUUCACUAGAGGCUACACCAUGUUAUGUUAAUUUAGAUGAAACACAGGACUCAAAGAGGAGAUCAGGUCAAAUCAGAAGUCAAGCUGAUCUUACAGAAGCAAUGGAAACUGCAUCUUCAGAAGGUCUACAUAUGGAUGCAGAGAUUGAAGUUCUUCAACAGGCAUUAUUAUAUAUGAAAACAAUGCAAGAGAAACGUGAAACACUACAGAAGGAUCAGGAGAAGUUGGAAGAAGAACUAGUAAACCUCAAAAGUCACAUGGAAAUGAAUGUGUUAGAACGUGGUGAAUUGGAACACCAUAAACGGGAGUUCGAAGAAAGCGCAAGGCAGGAGAUAGCAGAACAAUUAGCAACUGCUGGUCUACUUUUACAGAUGCAGAAAAUAGCUGAUGUCAAGUUACAGUUGUUAACAGAGGAAAGGAAGGCUACUAAGAAAAGUCAGAUGGAACUUAGAAUUAAAGAGCUGGAAUUCAACCUCUACAAAGCAAAAACUUCACAAGCGGACUGUAAUACAGCAGAAUUGGAAAAAUAUAAGGAGCUGUAUCUAGAAGAAUUAAAACUUAGAAAAUCUUUGUCAGAUGAACUAAACAAACGUAAAGAAAUUCUAGCAGAUGUCAGUAGCAAACUUCUUCAAGAAAAAGAGCGGAGCGGAUCUUUAUUUACUUCUCAUACUACAAGGCCAGUCCUAGAGUCAGCAUGCAAUGGAAAUCUUAAUGAAUAUUUAGGUCUCAACAGAAUACAUAUUCCAAGAGAAAACUUAAGAAUUCCUACCUUAAGCUCAUUGUCUUCAAAUAUCAGAAUGGAGAGCGACUUGUCAAAGCAGUUAUGGUGCCAGGGAUAGGUGGCACCACUAGGUGGAUCCACUACUCCAAGGUAAAGCUGUACUCAUCUCUGGCAGAGGAAGUCGUAAAGGUCCCAUUGGACACCUGGACCACUGAGCCCCUCCAGGGUCUCAAACUCCAAGCAAAGCCAAAGGAAUAAAGAUAAGUAAAUUAAUAAUGCUUCGGAUUGUUAUACCAUGAAUCAUAAUACUCCUUGUAGGUUUACUAAUAUGUCUUUGCUACUGUGAACCAACACCACCCCCCAAUCACCGCCAGGAAAAGGUCUGUUCUGCCCUACCUGGAUUUAAAUCUCAAAGCCAUAAUCUGGGUGGUGUUCUCUCUAAUACUCACUGAGUUAACAGCGUCUUUUUCCAUAAUCAACAGACAUCUUGAUUUGGCUCUAAUCUGUUCUCGUUGGGACCAUGCCGCCACGUGCUCUAUGCUCCCUAAUGCUUCUAGCUAAAAUCACCCUCAUAGGCGCCAACAGCCCACAACUAUAUAAAAAAAAAAAUCUACAAGCAGCUCAACAACUACUGAAGUUCACCAAAUCUUCCUGUCCCUCAACAUAUGGGCUACGCAUGAAUUAUUUCUAUCCAGGGCAGGAACAGCCUACCCAGCCACGAUACAAGAAUAGGCAACUUCUCAAGCCCAAUUUAGCUUCACCUAUCACUGGGGCUUCUCUAUACAAAACCUUCCCAGAGAUGCAUACAGUACCUAACACAAGCAAAGGGGACUUUCAGGCUUUUCUUAAACCCACUUGCACUAUUUUAGGCCCCUUGUUUUCCCCCAUCACUAUCAGUCAGGUACCCCUAGGCAUCACUAGUGCCACAGAUUCUGGAACUUUGGUGGGUUCUCUCAACCCUGCACACUGCAACACAACCAUCACCAUUGUCAAUACCUCUCAUACUUCUUUUUUUCUAGAAACUGAAAUCUCCCAAUACUAAGUAAGGUUCUCUACCUUACCAAGCCAGUAGGGGUCAUGCAAAAAUUUCAAAUCUUUAACUCCCUUUGGAGGCUCUUCUUGACAUUACUAGACACAUGCUCUUCUGGGAAAAUAAGAACCAUCCUCCUAUUCAAACUACUUACUCAUGUCUGGCUCCCCCUAGCAGCUGCAACUUCAGUGACAGAUAUCACAUCUUGCGUAGCCAACAAGGAUAUUGGUAAUGUUUGGAAUUGACCUCGCCUCCUUCCAUAUCCAUUCUUGUCUACCUAUGACAGAACUUUGUUUUCUAUGUGGGACACAGGCCCACCUUUGCCUCUCUGCAAACUGGACCAGAACACGCAUGCUGGCUCACCUCACCCCUAGCAUCUCAUUGCCCCAGGUGAUGCUUCUCUGCCCUUGCUCUUAUUUAUAACCUCACACUGGGGCCCACCAAGCAAUUCAAUUAAUUCCCUUUCUUGUUGGGCUUGGCAUCACCACAGGUGCCAUGAUGGGAAUAGCCAGCAUUGGCACUUACUUCUGAACCUACCACAGCCUGUCUCUGGAAUUGGCUCAAGAGAUAGAAACAACUGCUUGCUGUAACAGAGUUACAGUGGCAAGUCAGUUCUCUCGCAGCUAUAGUUCUCAAACAUGGUAGAGGCCUUGACAUGCUGGCUGCAGCUCAGGGAGGAACUUGGCUGUGCUUGGAGAAGAGUGCUGAUCUGGGUUAAGAGAUCAGGGCAGGCUCAGGAGCACAUUUGAGAUCUCAUAAACUAGGCUUCUCACCUUUGGGAAGGGGCUACUGGGGUGUCACCUGGUUCUGAUUCUCAUGGCUCCUCCCCUUCCUAGGACCCCUGACCUCUAUCUUCCUUCUUCUCUUUUCUGGGCCUUGCUUCUUGAAUCUACUAAGUUUAUUUCAUCCCAUCUAGAAGCCGUCAGACUUCAAAUGGUCUUGUGACAAGGAUAUCAACCUCUUUCCUGCCCCUGAGGACAACCAAGUUUCUGUAUGUCUCCUCUGGACACUGUGGGUCAAACCUUUUGAGAGACAACAACAACCUCUGAAACCUUCUUGCCAUGACAGCAAGCAAGGAGGAGGGACCAGAAGACCCUCGACGCCCCUUUUCAGCAGGAAGUAGCUACAGAAGAAUGACCUCCACCCUAUUUCCCAAAAGAUUUCUGGGUCCCAACUCCUUAAGGGAUAAACGUAAAAGGAGGCAGUUAGUCAGAUAUUAGCAGGCAGGAGGGGAGGUACCCAUGUUGGAAGGAACAGCCCAGAACACCUCUUAAGAUGCCCAGUACUCACUCUAUGGUCAAACUGUCAAAAUGUGGUUAACUAGAUCCUGAUAAGGGAGAAAAAAGGCAAAAGCAGAAUUCUUGAGAGCCACACAGGUGCAAUGAGUACAAAUUUGAUGGCUAUAUGACCUUCCCAGGUGGCAGUAAUGAGUAAUGUCCCCAUCAGGUGGGAUUUAUAUUGAUCACUGCGUCCAGUGCAUGUACAUGAACCACAGUAAGGGAUGAUCCCCCCAAGCCUUGAUGAAAACUGGGCAAGGAAAGAAGCAAGACCGUAGAAUAUCAAAUGCAGAAUGUCCCGGGGCUGUUUCCAGCAGGGUCAGCCCACUCCUCUGUUGGAGUGUACUUUUACUGCCCCAAUAAAACUUUUGCCUGCUUUACUAA